UCCGCUUAACGGUUUAAGGAGGACUCGAAUGGUCCUACUGGUCUUGCACCUGCCUGAUUUCAGCGAUAAAGGAAAUAGUAUAUUUGGACGAGCAAGAAUCCUCCUCAGAAUGCUGCAAUUAUAAUAAAUAGGUGCUGCUCUAGUUAUAGCCCAUUUGUGUGCUGCCCUGAAUUCCCCUGAUGUCCGAACGGGGAGCGUAUAUUGUAUCACGUGACUCGUAUGCGGCUUCAAUUUUCCCGCUGCGCGACUUUCUGCGCUCCGGAAGCUGUCGACUCCGUGCAUCGCCAUUGUCCGCCUCCCACACUUCACGAUGCAGAAGAUCAUCCGGAGAACGGCGCUGGCCAGAAACCAGGCUCAGAGGAAGGCCAACAUUGCCGCCAAGAAGGAGCAGCGGGAAGAAUGGAAGGAGGCUCUGAGGGAGCGGUUCUCAUACAACCGGAUACAACUCGAUGCUAUCCGCAACGAAAGGUCAGCACGUCGUGAAGACUGGCUAAAAGGCCCAUUGGCGCCAAAGAGAGAUUCUGGACCUGAAGCCAGAUUCUAUGGUGCUAUGGUGCCCUAUGCCAUGCAGCCACCUAAGGUCCCGAAACACCUCCGACGGAAAUAUAUCAACUUCGCUGCCGGUGACCGUGUCUGCGUUAUCAGAGGACGGGACAAGGGCAAGAUUGGGGAGGUCACCAGGGUCGAUCCGGAAACGGAAACUGUGACGGUGAAGGAUGUCAACAUGGUCGAUGUUCACUUCCCCGACUGGUUGAGUGAGUCCUACGGUAACUCAAAAGGCUACAACGCUCUGAGCCUGCCUAUCCCUCUGGACGAUGUGCGUCUUGUUGUCCCUCUCGAUGACCCUUUGACCGGAAAUGCACGAGAUGUCCUGGUCGAGCAUGUUUACGGCGGAGAGCCUAUCCUGGAACGAGACUAUGGCUCCACGACUCCCAAACAUACCAGAUACAUUGCCGGAGAAAACAUUGAAAUCCCCUGGCCUAAAGAAGAAGCAAUGCCGCUCAAGGACGAACCAUGGGACACGCUGAGAAUGGAGGUUGAGACGCCAACCUGGAUGCCGUCGCUGAUGUACCCGCCGUACGAGCCCAGCAUACUUGACGAACUGAGGAACAAAUACUCUAAAUACCGAACACGACACGAUCCUGAGUGGGUGGAGGCAAAGAAGAUGGAAGAUCUCAAGAGGCAGUAUCUGGAGAGCAGGUCCCUCCUGACACCGCUCGGCGAGCUCCACGCCAGAACACAGGAGAAGAAGGCGGAGCGGAGGAAGGCCAAGUUUGAUGAAGAUGGUAAUGCCAUUAUGGACGAUGAAACAACUAACUUCAUCGAGCGAUUCAUGAGACAAAACGCGGAGAAGAAGAAGUCGGCUUCCGCUUGAAUACAUCUCCAAUCUUCUUUUUAUUUAUGUCGGGGCUGUCCCGUUGAUUGAAAUAGCCUGUACACCAUAGUUAUGUAGAAUAGGAAUCGGUUAUUGUUACUAGAAAUAGAGCUCUCCUGUUACGAGACAACUUUGUUGAAGUGAAAAUCAGCAGCUAUUGUUGCAGUCCUAGACUGUCCCGAUAAUGGCCAUUCGGCAGAUUCCUUGCUUGAAGUUCUUUAUGACGACCCGUUUC